UUUUCCUGUGUUCCUCCGCUGUGGCGGAAGUAAGUCGACUCGCGGAGGCCUCAUCCUUCCAAUGGCGACUGCGAACAGGCUGAAUAGAGAGCGGGAGCAACCGUGGAGGGGGGGCCGCUUCAAUGGCCAAAAAUCGGAACACUUCGCUCCUUGAGUCUGAGCUCUACUACCUGAUCUCUCGUUUCCUGACAACGGGUCCAUGUCGGAGAGCGGCGGAGGUCCUGGCGAGAGAACUGGAGGAACAUCAGCUCUUGCCCGGGAGACUGGACUGGCUUGGAAACGAGCACGCGAGAACAUAUGAAGAUGUGGUUGCAGCCAACAGACACAUUGCACCAGAUCAUUUGCUACAGAUAUGUGAGCAGAUUGGACCACUUCUCGACAAAGAGGUGCCAUCAUGUGUCCCAGGUGUACACUCUCUCUUGGGGUCCGGAAAGCAGUCGAUGCUUAGAACCCCAAAAGACUGCGAACAUGUGCGGUAUAAAGCUUCAUCAUAUGCAGCCCUUCACCGGGGCAGACCACCAGAGAGGCCUUUGUACUGCAAGAAACCUACACACUUAGUGGAGGUACAUCGAGGGAGAGAGCUGACAGGAGCGCAGCGCUUCAGUUCCAUCAAUCCUGUCAGCAACUAUGAGCACAUGCGACUGCAUAGGCGGAUCCUGGGCCAUCUGUCUGCAGUGUACUGUAUCGCAUUUGAUCGCACGGGUCUCAGGAUCUUCACAGGCUCGGACGACUGUUUGGUGAAACUUUGGUCUUCGUUUGAUGGAAGGCUUCAUUCAACAUUGCGAGGACACUCUGCAGAGAUCACAGACUUGGCGGUUAAUUACGAAAACACACUAAUAGCUGCAGGAAGCUGUGACAAGACCAUCCGUGUGUGGUGCCUUCGUACCUGUGCACCCGUGGCUGUGCUGCAAGGGCACAGUGGAUCCAUUACCUCCCUUCAGUUUUCACCGUUUGCAAAGGGCUCAAAACGUUACAUGCUGUCCACUGGAACUGAUGCUACUGUCUGCUUCUGGCAAUGGGACGUCCACAACAUUAACUUCAGUGAUCGGCCUCACAAAUUUACUGAGCGGCCAAGGCCAGGAGUUCAGACAGUUUGCUCCUCAUUCAGUCCAGGUGGAAUAUUCUUAGCAACAGGAAGUACAGAUGAUGUCAUCAGAAUAUACUACUUGGGAAGCGGGAGUCCAGAAAAGAUAUCAGAGCUCCAUGAGCACACAGACAAAGUUGAUAGCAUCCAGUUUUGUCACUCAGGUGAAAGGUUUGUGAGUGGAAGUCGUGAUGGAACAGCACGGAUCUGGAAGCUCCAUCAGCGGCAGCAGUGGAGGUGCCUCUUGCUCAACAUGUCGGCCACUCUUCCAGGUGCUGAGGCAAUGACUGAAGAGGAAAGCUACUUCAAACCUAAAGUCACCAUGGUAGCAUGGGAUCGCCAUGACAAUACAGUCAUCACAGCUGUUAACAACCAUCUCCUCAAAGUGUGGAACUCCUACACAGGACAGCUGUUACAUAUCCUCAAAGGCCAUGAGGCUGAGGUUUUUGUGCUGGAGCCGCAUCCUUUUGACCCCAGGAUCAUCCUAUCUGCCGGUCACGAUGGGAAUGUCUUUAUAUGGAAUCUGCUUCAAGGGACAAACACACAGCACUACUUCAACAUGAUUGAAGGCCAAGGUCAUGGAGCUGUGUUCGACUGCAAAUUCACUCCCGAUGGCCAACGCUUUGCCUGCACAGACUCUCAUGGCCAUCUGCUCAUCUUUGGCUUCGGCAGCUCCAAGCCAUAUGAGAAGCUUCCAGACCAGGUGUUCUUCCACACAGACUAUAGACCACUGAUCCGAGAUGCCAACGGCUUCGUGCUGGAUGAACAGACUCAGCAGGCUCCCCAUCUCAUGCCCCCUCCUUUCCUGGUGGAUGUGGAUGGAAACCCCCAUCCUCCAAGGUAUCAGCGUCUCGUUCCAGGGCGGGAGAAUAUUGCUGCCGAACACCUUGUUCCUCAGCUGGGAUAUGUAGCCACCAGCGAUGGCGAGGUGGUGGAGCAGGUGAUCAGCCAGCAGACGGCAGAACACGAGGAGGUUACGAUAAGACGCAGCAGCCUUCUGGACGAAGCCAUCCGACAGCUAAGGGCGGAACAGCUCAGGGGGCAUCAGGACCGGCAGUCACAGGCUGGGACAGAGGCAGCGCUGCCUGCUGGAGCAGGACCGGAGGGGCAAGCUGAGGCACAGGGUGCAGCCUUCACACCAGCACCAACCACGCCACGCAGAGUGUCUGUAAAUGAUCGAGCAGAUGUGCAGUCGCCCCCAAAUGUGGGUCUGCGCCGCAGCGGACAGGUGGAAGGCGUCCGGCAGAUGCACCAGAAUGCCCCACGCAGCCAGAUAGCCACUGAGAGGGACCUGCAGGCCUGGAGACGCAGGGUGGUGGUGCCUGAACUGGCAACCAGCAGCUACAGGGACCAAGAGGACAUCCGAACAGCCAAAGGAGAUGAGGAAGUGGCUCUGUACAAUGCAAAGAAGAGGCGAAUUAUCUACAGCAACUGUCGAGAUGAUUCAGACGAGGAGGCGUGCACUACAAAGCGAGCCCACGGCCGCAGUGACACAAGGGAAUACAUUGAGUUUUCAUGUGAAGAGGGAGAGGAAACCCCAGGCUCAGACCUUCACUCUGAGGACAAUGAUUUAGAUGGGAGUGAUCUGGAGUCUUCUAUUGAUGAGGAGGAAUGGAACAGUGACAGCUCAAGCCACACGUCCAGUGAGUACUCAGAUUGGACGGCAGAUGCCGGUAUAAAUCUGCAGCCCUCCACCCCCUUGUCGUCACGGAAACGAAUGCAGCGCAGACUCAGCACCUCUGAAGAGGAAGAGGAAGAGAACGAGGAAGAGGAGGAGAAGCAACAAAGUGAUGAGGAGGAGAAUCCAGGGAAUAAAAUCAAGGAGAAGUCCAAGAAAGCGAAGAACAAGGCACCGCGGCAUCUGAAGGCCCGACCAUCCAUCAACAGAGAAGUGUCCAAUGAGUUCAGACCUUCACCAUGGAUCACUGAUGUCAUUCCCAGGAAGUCUCCAUUUGUUCCCCAAAUGGGCGAUGAGGUGAUCUACUUUCGGCAGGGACAUGAAGCAUAUGUUGAGGCAGUGAGUAGGAGUGAACUGUACCCCAUCAACUUAGACAAACAGCCGUGGAAAAAAAUGGAGCUGCGGGACCAAGAGUUUGUAAAGAUCACAGGGAUCAAAUAUGAAGUCUGCCCUCCAACACUUUGCUGCCUGAAGCUGACUCUCAUCGACCACGGCACUGGCAAAAUCACAGACAAGUCGUUUUCUGUCAAGUACCACGACAUGCCAGAUGUUAUAGAUUUCCUGGUUUUGAGGCAAAGUUAUGACGAGGCGCUGCGUCGAAACUGGCAACCACGCGACAGGUUUCGUUCAGUAAUAGACGAUGCCUGGUGGUUUGGGACCAUCGUUUGUCAGGAGCCGUACCAGCCUGAAUAUCCUGACAGUCUCUUCCAGUGUUUUAAAGUCAGCUGGGACAAUGGGGAAAAUGAGAAACUGAGUCCCUGGGAUGUGGAACCCAUUCUAGAUAAUGCCGAGCAGCCAGAGACUGAAGGAGGUGGUAUCCCUGUGACGGCAGAUGAGAUGAGCGAGCUGAUGUACAAGCCUCUGCCAGGGGAGUGGGGGGAGAGGAGCAGGACCAACGAGUGUGAACGCAUCAUGGGAGCCAUCGACCAGCUCAUCACCAUUGAGAUCGCAGCUCCUUUCUCUGGUCCUGUGGACCUGGUUCAGUAUCCCACCUACUGCACUGUGAUCGCCUAUCCUACUGAUCUUGGAACAAUCAAAUUGCGACUCUUGCACAGAUUCUACAGACGCCUCUCAGCAUUAAUUUGGGAUGCCAGGUAUAUUGCACAUAACGCCCGCACUUUCAAUGAGCCAAGGAGCAAGAUUGCCCACUCUGCAAAAAUCAUCACAAAUGUCCUCCAGAAAUUUGUCAAUGAUCCAAGCUGCACAGAUAUCAUGGAGAUUUACAAUGCUGUUGAAGAGAUGGAUGAUGAUGAAGAGGAUGAAGAUACAGAAGCACCAGGAACCUCAGCGGUACACCGGCUGCAUCAGCGCUCUGUGGAGACGGUGCCAGACAGAGAUGCCUGGAAGGAACAGUGCAAGAGUCUGGUCAACUACAUAUUCCAGUGUGAGGACUCAGAACCAUUCAGGAAGUCUGUGGAUCCUGAGAACUAUCCAGACUACCAUGAUAUUAUUGAUACACCAAUGGACUUUGGCUCUGUGAAAAGGACCCUAGAAGAAGACCACUAUGAAAAUCCCAUCGAGCUUUGCAAAGACACCCGGCUAAUAUUUGCUAAUGCUAAAGCCUACACACCCAAUAAACGCUCCAAGAUUUACAGUAUGACCCUGCGGCUCUCUGCCUUCUUUGAGGAGCAAAUCAGGACAGUCAUAUCUGAGUACAAAACUGCUGUGAAGAGCAGUGAUAGGCUCCGCCGCAGUCAGAGAUUCCGUAAGAAGAUGCAGCAACAGGAUCAAUCCUCCACCACAACAAGUCAAAAGAAGGGUGCAGUCAAAACUCAGGUAAAAGUCGAGAUGACGUCAGUGACCAAAUCUACCUCAGCAAAAGUGUCCGUUUCUGAGCGAGCCAGGCGGAGUCGACGCAGAAGCUCAGGUCACAGCUCCUCAGAAGACGACUCUGGCUCUAAAGCUGCUUCAUCAACACCAGAGUCUGACAGUGAGCUGAGCGAGCCAGAGGAAAAACAUACUGAUUCCCCAAGGCACCACCAACGCAGACAUAAAGGAAGAGUUACGAGGAGCAACUGUGCCAAACAGAGGAAAAAAGCUGCCAAGAGCGACAGUGAAGAAGAGGAAGAGGAAGAGGACGAUGAAGAAGAGGAGGACUUUGACAGUGAAGUUGAGAAGAGUGAGGAUGGAGAAGUCUCCUCCCAGUCAUCAGGUAAUCGCUACCCCAGCAGGAGUAAAAACAGCAGGAGUACACGUCUGACCAGAAACAGUGCUGCUGUGGACAGGAAACGGACAGAGGACAGAGCUGAGAUGAAUGGUCACAGCAACAGGUCGUCUCUCAAGGAGAAACGUCACCAUCAGGAUUUGUCCAUGUCCCAGGGCUGGGACAGGGAGGACAAGGAAAUCUCAGUCCGCAGGUCACUCAAGAGAAAGACGGCGAGGGCAGCUGUGAAUAAGAUGAAACUCCUUGAAGCAUCUGAGGGGGAUGAGGAAGAGGAGGAGAAGCCAAGAAGGAGCAGCAGCCGCCUCCGCCCUGCAUCCCGGGCCGGCAAACGCCCCGCAGUGAUCCAGAGCAGCUCAGAUUCAGAUGGAAAGCUGUCAACACGGGCUUCUCGGAAUAUAAAAGAAUCAGGUCGUGAAACGAAGGAUGAGGAGGAUGGUAAUGAGAGCGAAGCUUCGUCCUCCUCCCAGAAUCAGCAGACUCUGAUGGCAACGCGAGAUCCAACAAACGGAGACAACAAACGGAGACAAGCUGCUAAAGCAAAGGGAAAUGAUACUUUGUCCCACAUGAACGGACACAGUGCAAAACAUCACAAAUCUGACAGUAACUCUGAGCAGCAGGAGGAGACUGCAGAGGAGAGUUCUGGAGAAGCUGAUGAGAAUGAGGAAGAAACAGUGUUUUUUCCGAGACCUUCAAGAAGCACAGCAGCUACUCCAGCCAGGAAAAAGAGAAUUACAAGGGAGGAAGAGGAGGAGGCAGAGGACACUGAACACAGGACCACGCGACACAAACCUCCUGUGAGCUCAGGUGAAGAGGACAAAAAAAACAGUUUGCAGAAACAUCUGCACCAAAAUGGAAGAAACGUGGAGGAAGUAAUCCACAAGGAUUCUAGGAAAAAGAGUAAACUUAUACCAUCAAAAAGCCAAGAUAAGCAAAAUUCUGCCUCAACUAAUAAACUGAAUGGUCCAGAAUCAGACGAACUCAGUAAUUCUCCAAAGAAAUCCAACCCACGCAAGAAAAAACUGAAAAAAGAUGAAAUAAGCUUUGACGAAAGCAAUCACUCCAGUGAGGAAUCUGAGGUUGAAACGAAGACAAAGAGAUUGGCACAAAACCAUGGCAAAUCUAAACGGCUUCAUGGCGACAUCUCGGCCUCAGAGAGUUCUGAGCAAGAAUACAAACCCAAGAGGAAGUCGAGGAGGAAACGCUCCACCGGCUCAUCAGAAGAGGAGUCAGAUAAUUCAGAUAGCACGUCAAAUCGACGGCGGAAUCUCAGAGCCCUGCCAAAAAAAAAAUACAUCAAUGACAACUCUCUUUCCGAGGAAGAUUCUGCUUCUGCAAGCCAGAGUAAACAGAGGAACGGCAACAAAAUCGCUGGAGCUUUGAGGGAAGACAGGUGUAAUACGAGAGAGUCAAAGAGGACAUCUCCCAGUGAAACCAGGAAUCAACUGUCUUCCAAGAGAAAACGUAUUUACACUUCAGACUCCGAAGAAAAUCGGGAGGAGAAGGGAAAGAAAGAGCCAGUGUCCAAGAACAAUAAAAAUAGCAGGUCAGGCUCCUCAAAGCCUCCCAAAAGGGAAUCCAACAAAGGGGAUGGCAACAGCAACGAGGAGGACACCUCUUCCGAGUCUGAUUCCGGCGAGGAGGAGGAUAUCAGUUCCUCAAAAAAGGGAGAGAAAAUUAGGCAGCCAAAACAAAACAAAAGCUACAGCAGCAACGACAGUUCCGGCUCAGAAAGCAAGUCGUCUUCUGCCUCUGAAAACUCAGUUGUCAGCUCAGGGUCCCACAGCAGUCCAAAGAGGAGAAGUCACAUACGAUCUGGGAUCGACGGGAGGAGUGCCAGCCGCCAGCUGAGGCAGCGCCGGCAACAGGCUGCCUCAGAGGAGGAGGAAGAGGAGGAGUACAGCAAAAUGCAGCAGAAAAGGCGUGUGAACACUCGCAACCGGGGGAAGCGGACGGUAAAUUAUCACGACAGCGAAUGAAGGACGAAAUGGCUGGAAACAUCGGGCUGUAGAGGAGAGACAGAGAAAGGACAUUAAAUGUAGACUUUAAAGACACUUGAUGGCCAUGUUAUGGUAGUAGCACUGGAGUCCUAGAGAGAAAAUGCUGUGAAUCUGUUUCAUUCAGGGAUAUUUAUAUUUUCUAUGAAGAAAAAAACAACAUGUUUAUAGAUGUUAUACAAAUUCGAGCAUUUGAUCUGCUGGUUUUCACAAGGAUGCAGAGCUGAAUGCCACCUCUAAUACUGCUUGUUGUGAUUUUGGCCAGCAGAGUUACCAUUCUGGGGAUUCUUUGUCAGCUUGGGUGCUAUCUAAUAUACCUCUGAUUAAUCAAGCAUAUUGCUGGCUUGCACUAAGAUACACUGUAAUGAGGUAUUUCAUACACUAGUUUUUCAUUAGAAACUCAGGGGUCAACUAAGUUUACUGUAGUCUCAGACAUGCAGUUUUUUUUCGAGCUAGCGUAAGGUAAAGAAACGAUUCCACGUCAGCAGAUGACGAAGCACACUCACUGGGACAAAAACAAAAUCAAGUUCAGACUUAUUACUACAGCACUCCUUUGUAACUCCACAAACACUUAAUGCUUGACUGUACUUUUUUUUUAUAUGAGCCAAAUGAACUAGUAUGUUCUUCCCCCAUACAUUUCUUUUUUUUCAUUAGUUUUGUGUUUUAUUCUAGUGAAUAGGUGUAAAUAUGUGAUUGAGAUUGACAUUGUCUGAAAGGGUAGCUCAAUCAGUAGCAAAACCUUUAUUUAAAUUUGAUAUAUAUAUAUUUUUUUUUUUUUACAUUUAACUGCAUUGUCUUGCCAUAUGUCACAAAUUGGUACGUUUUGCCAAGUACAAGUAACCAAAAGUACUUUCUGCAGAAUACUGUGAUUUCUCAUGUUGGGAAGACUUUUUAUUGUCCUGUGUUACCUAUUUUCAGUAUUAAAUUCUUUUUCAGAGUUGUCUUAAAACCUUUUUGCCAGUCACUUGAGUUAGUUUUGUUUAUGGGCAUUUCUAAAUAGUUGCUUUGACAUUUUGCUUAAUAUUUUUCGUACUACACCUUUAAUAAAUUAAUUUCACAGGAUAACUAUUAAUGCAAUGUGGUUGUGGAGUGCAAUGAACUGAGUUAUUCUUCCUGUUAAUAAAGACAUAAUUUCAAGGUG